AUGGUACGAGCAUCCCGUCGCUUGAGGUCGCGGCGAUCGCAAUCCCUCCUUCACUUGUUUGCUAAUGCCGUUUGGUCCCAGGCCGCCCUCGCUAUACUUCUCGAGUCGUAUCUGUCGUAUGCGGCCCUCAUUUAUGUCUACCGGUUGAGAGGAAGAAACUACGACGAAGACGACCUGUUCCGGGCAAUUCGCGUCAUUAACUUUGGAUGUAUUCCAUGGCAUGUUUUCUGCGUUAUUGCCUUCGGUGUCCUCUUGGGUCUUGCGUCAACCUACGUGCCGCUUCUAUCAUCGGAGUUAUCCGAAUGCAAUUCAUACGGUGAUAGGCUAACGCAGUGUCCCAUGGUCAAUGGCACAUGGAUUUUGGCGAUAUUCUACUGCUUGUGGCACGUCGGGCAGCUCCUCGUCAUUAUCCGAUUUCGCAAUCGCUUGGUGCACUUUGUCCCAGAAGAUGAAGACUGCGGCUACGAGAUUCUCCCGCCGCCUGUCAGACACAUCCCCGCGGUUCCACGGUCCAAGGGUUCCCGCCCACCGUCCUACCGGUCGAACCUGGAUAACCCACCGAGUUAUACGCCAGUGUCGUCGCAAAAUGGGGUGAAGUAUCAAUUAGCUCUCCCUCCGCCUAGCGCUGGCACUUCAAGGAUGUUUACCGUGACCGAACGAGACUGA